AUGCAUAACGAUGAUGAACUUGAAAUAUUUUAUAAUCAAAACAAACAAACUAAAGUUGAAAUUGUCAAUAAAAAAAAUAAUUAAAAAGACACCAAAAGCAGUAAAACAAAUACAGUAAAUGAAAAAAAUCUAAUUUCAAAUUAAUAAGAUAAGAAUCCAUAAUUUUAAUAGUAAUCCAAAACUAUUCCUAUGAUUUCAAUGAAAGCAUUUAUUUUUAACUUUAAAAAGUUUUAUAAAGAAAAAACAAAAAUCAGAAAUUUGAUAAGCGAAAACUCAGCAAAAUAAAGAAACAUUAGUCUUUGUAUUUACUUAAGAAAUUAUUUUGUAAGUUAAUAUUUCAUAUUUAGAAUAGCUAUAAAAAUAUUAAAACAAUGUUAUUGCAAACAAAGAUUUAGGAAGUGAAAAUGCUUUAGAGAUUUGAAGAAUUAGCUUUUAGAAAUAUUGCUGAAUAAGAAGAUACAAGAAUAUAUGUUAAAAAUUAAGAGACUGAUCAAAUAGCAGCAAUGUGUAGAGAAUCCCUUUAAGAACUCUUCUUAUAAAAGGAGAGUGCAUUUUAUGAAAAGAGAGUUAUAUGCCGAUAUUUAGGUACUCUCCUUUCUUAAGAGAAUUAUUCACCUGUAGGUUAUCCAGAUUUAGUCAAUAAAUAUAAAGAUUAAUAGGCUUUAAAUUCAAUAUAUUUACAAACAGUUGGUAAUUUUAUUAAAAAAAUAUCUUAAUAAUUAAAGGGAAAUUAUUUUAAAUUAGUAGAUAUUGCUCAUUUUUUAUAUGAAUAGAAAUAUAGAAGAUCUGAUGUUGAAUAAAUAAUGAAGUUUAUUUCAAAAACUAAAGAAAUCUAUAAUGUAUCUUAAAAUAAGGAGAAAUAAGCUCAAAUUGACGGUGAUAGACUUUUACCAUUUGAAUUGAUCUCAAAUGCUUUUAAUAUUCUAUCUAAUAAAGAUAAAACUAAUUUUGAUUUAAUAAAAGACUUACUUAAUAAUAUUAGAUUUCUUAUAAAUGAUUAAAUUAAAAUAGAUACAGUAGAAAGAGUAUAGAAAGUAAUGGAACAUAAUAUUAUUGGUGAUUAUAUAUACAGAUAUUUUUCUGAUUUAGAUGAAUAAAUAUAAAACUUACUAACUUAUAUAGAUUAAAUUUCUUAAUUAUUGUGUUCUAUAGAGAGCUUAAAUUUAUCUACUAAAUAGGAUUAACUGGAAGUUUUAUUAUGUUUCAUUCAUAAAAUUUAAGGGAAUUAGAUAGAAGAAAAAACUGCAAUGAUGGCCUAAAAACAUACAAUAAUACUUUCUGAUUUGCUUAAUUAGUUUGAAUAAACAGUUGAGGAUUCGAAAAUAAAAAAGGAUAAAAUUUAAAAAUAACCAGGUAAUCAAUUCAAAAUGCCUAAUGUUAAGCAAGUUUUGUAUGAUGAUGAUUUAAGAGAUGAAUAAAUUCUAUAGGGUGAAAUAGCUAAUCCAUACAAACUUUAAACAAGUGAUCUGCCUAUAAGAAAGCCAAAAGUUAUUAAUCUAAAUUAAAUCAAGCCUCAAGCUAAUUAAAUCACAGUUAAUGAAUUAUAAGAAGCAGAAGAAUUUAUUAAUUGUUAUAUUGAAAAGGAUUACGAUAAAGAUGAGCUUAUAUUAUCAUAAAUAUAAUCAUAAAAGUAGAAAAAUUUUGAAAAAAAAGAAAAUUCAUAGUUUGAUUCAGCUUAAAGAGAUUUAUUAUAUGAAAGAGAAUUUGAUAAACUUAAAGAAAGUUCAAAUGCCAAAACUAAGGAUGAAAUGAUUUUAAAUCUAAAAAGUUAGAUCAAGAAUUUAAAAGAUUAGGUCCAAUAAUAUAAAAAAUGA